UGUUUCAUUCAAACUUUUGUGUAUUUAAGCUUCUAUUUUUUUUGGCUUAAAAUAUGUGUCCCUUAUUUCCCUCUCUUGUGUUCAACGCUCAAAGAACCAACCAACCAACCUCUUCUUAAGCUAUACUUUGUUUUGUCACUUCUUUUUGUUACUAUAAGGCGAUUAACACUAUGAUACAUUUACAACAUAUCAAAUCAUCUUUCAUCAUACACAAUUAUAUGUAAAUAAUUUUUAGAUGUGAUGUUACCUUUUUUCCUUCUUGUCAUAGAUAUUGGAAUCAAACCUUGAUAUAUAAUAUCAUCUUUCUAAAAUCUUAUAAGCUAUGGAGUUGAAGAACCAAAAAUCAAGAUAUAAGAGGCUAUGUAAUUGGUUCACCAACAAGCAAAAGGAAAAUAAACCAUCAAAUAGUUUACAUGAAAUAGAAGAAGAUGAGAGUUAUGAAUAUGGAGGAAAUGUUUCCCUUCAGUCAAUGGAGUUUGAUUCAUGCAUUUCAACAAAUAAGCUAAGGAUCUUUGUUGGAACAUGGAAUGUUGCUGGAAGAUCUCCUGUAGGAAGCUUAGAUGUUGAUUUGGAUGAGUGGUUAAAUCUCAAGAGUUCUGCAGAUAUAUAUGUUCUUGGGUUUCAAGAGAUUGUACCAUUGAAGACCUCAACAGUAAUAGGAGCAGAGAAUCCAUCAGUUGCAACAAAUUGGAACAAUCUCAUAGGAAAAACACUAUCAAAUGAUGAAAAUUAUUACAAAAAAAUAGAAGGAAGCAACAAAAAAAAGUACAAGAUGGUAGCAAGUAAAAAAAUGGUUGGAGUAUUCAUAAGUGUGUGGUUAAAAGAACAAGUAUUAGAAAAAUACUGUGUUUCAAAUGUAAGAGUUUGUUCAGUUGCAUGUGGUGUUAUGGGAUAUUUAGGAAACAAAGGUUGUGUUGGAGUUAGUAUGUUAAUUGAAGGGACAAGUUUUUGUUUUGUUGUAGCACAUUUAGCUUCAGGGGAAAAGAAAGGUGAUGAAGGUAGAAGGAAUUAUCAAGUUCAAGAGAUUUUUAGAAGAACAUCUUUUCCUAGGACCACAAAAAUUCAUCAACAUCAUCCUCUAACAAUCUUAGGCCAUGAUCGAAUAUUUUGGUUUGGAGAUCUCAACUAUAGACUAUACUUGAAAGACCAUCUUGCUAGGCAUUUGAUAAGAAAGCAAGAUUGGAAGGCUUUGCAAGAGUUUGAUCAACUUCAAAAGGAGUUACAAGAAGGUGGAGUUUUUGAGGGUUGGAAAGAAGGUAACAUAGAAUUUGCUCCCACAUAUAAAUACUCAUCUUCCACUAGCAAUAUCUAUUGUGGUAGUGGCCUUCCAAGUAGAUCAGGGGAAAAACAAAGAACACCAGCAUGGUGUGAUAGAAUUCUAUGGUAUGGUAAAGGAGUAGAGCAACUUCAUUAUAUUAGAAGUGAAAGCAAAUUCUCUGAUCAUCGUCCUGUUUCAGCACUUUUCUCUACACAAAUUGAAAUCAAGUCAUCUAAUAGAGGACUUGUGGAAUUGGACAAUAUCCCUCCAACAAUGUUGCAUUCCAAUCAUGGAGUGAGCAAAGGAGAAGAAGAUGAAAACCCUACCUCAUUGUCAUUGUUAAUGAAGAAUGUACAAGGUUGAUAAUACAAGCCAUUAAACUUUAGAUUAAUAACCAUUAAAAAAAAACUGUAGAUUAUAACUAAGGAUGACAAAUAUUUACAGGCAAGUUAUUUCUUUGGUCAUUAGAAAAGGACAAAAAAAAUUAAAAAAAAAAAAAGAAGAAGAAAAAGGACAAAAAAUUGAUUUCCUAAAAUCCCAACACUUUUUGGAAAUCAGAAUUUUUAAAAGGUUAGGAUUAGACUGGAAAAUGUGGUAAAAUACAAUUGAUGUGGAGAAUCGAGAUGGAUCUCAUAAUAUAAAAUAUAAAUACUGUAAAUUAUACAAAUGUUUGUUAUGCAAAAGAUGUAUUAAUCCAAAAUAUAAGAAAGAAUAUUCAGUAUUUUCUCUGACAAUAAUAAUAUUCAA